UCCUCUCACUUAUUUUAUUUUUUCAAUUAGUAUAAGAUUGACUAAUCACUCUUGUUUGUUUACCCAUUUAUGCAACACAUGCUCAUACUACUUUGGCAGCACACACUUCCACUCAAAAUCAGUUUCACUUCUUUUACAACAAGCUCAAAGUUGUAGUAUAAAAUCCGUCACUACUCUAUCAUCCUCCUCCUUCCUCAGAUCUUCGGGGGCCUAGAUCUUGAAGGAAGCCAAAAUAUCAAUGGCUCAUCUAAUGUAUUUGUGCUCCACAAAGGUACUCAUACUCUCUCUUCUUUUGUUUCUUUUUGCCUCUCUUUGCACUUGUUCUUUAUGGUCUGAACCUCAAUUCCACAGAAGAACAAUGCUAGAGGACCAUAAAGAACACCAAAGUGACAAGAAAACUACCCUCCAAUCCACCAAAAACCAAACCAAACUAAUCAAACCCGAUAGUUUCACUUCCAAAAACCAUACCAAAACCAUCAAAUCCAAUAACCUUAAUUCCUCCAAAAACCAAACCAAAACCAUCAAAUCCAAUAACCUUAAUUCCUCCAAAAACCAAACCAAAACCAUCAAAUCCAAUAACCUUAAUUCCUCCAAAAACCAAACUAAAACCAUCAAAUCCAACAACCUUAAUUCUUCCAAAAACCAAACUAAAACUAUAAAAUCCAAUGACACUUCCACUAAAACAGUCAAAUCCAAAAACCUUAAUCCCUCCAAAAAUGCAUCAUCCAAAUCCUCACCACCCAACACUAACAGCCUCAAGAAGCUCAAUUCCACCAACACCACCAAGUUCAAGAAGCCGAACUCCACAUCCACAUCAACCAAAAAGCCAUUAGAUCUCGUGAAAACAGCUAUCAAAACCACAAAAUCCACCACCACCGACAAAAACAACAACCCACCAAAAACUCAAACUCACAACACAAACAAAAAACCAAAAACACAAACACCACCUAGUCGCACAUUAGAAGAACAAGAAGACGAAGACGACGACGAUUUCGCUUCAUUCUCAGACUUCCAAGAUCUCCCAAACAAAUUCCACCGCACACUACUCCCAGACCUAGAACGAAUCUCAACAACCUCCAAAGCCUACAUAACAAACGCCAACAACGAAAUGACCAAAGGAUUCAAACCCUACGUCGGCAAAAAAUACGCACCCACCAUAGCCGCCAUAGUUUCCACCGCUUUCGUACUACUCCCUCUCCUCUUAGUCUCUCUCCUUUUCAACAAAAUCAAAACCUAUUUCUCACUUCAAAAAAUCCUAAUCUUCAUCCAAAUCUACCUCUCAAUCUACUUCACCAUCCUCUGUAUCUCAACGUUGGUCUCUGGAACCGAACCUUUGAAGUUUCUAUUCUCUACUUCGCAGUCCACGUAUAUCUGCUUCCAAGUGCUUCAAACUCUGGGUUACGUUUUGUAUCUACUGUUACUCCUCAUGUACCUUGUUCUUGUCUUCUCUACUGAAUGUGGGCUUGGGUCGAAGUUCUUGAGCCUGGCUCAGAUUUUCGUGGGCUUUUCCGUUGGGCUUCAUUAUUACGUGACGGUGUUUCACAGGGUGGUGCAGCGGCAACCGCCGAAGAGUAAUUGGAAGAUUCACGGGAUUUACGCCACGAGCUUUUUACUGAUUUGUCUUUUUGCGAUGGCUGAUAGAAGGAAGAAAGCUUACGUGGAAAAUGAUGGAGAAGAAGGCAAGAAGAAUUGAAGUAAAUGUAAUUUAUUUAUUUAUUUAUUUUUGUUUUCAUUUGAUUUAAUUUUAAAAAAUAAAUAAAGUUAAAUUAAGCACCAAAGCUAGUAUUUCAA